CACCUAAUAUCGACAUUAAACCUACACCCUGAAGUCGGCGUUUAUUAUCCACCAGCUCACCACCCACCCACUCGCACAAACAAACACAAACAAUCACAAUGUCUGGCGGACACUCAUCCACCGGCCUCGCCGACGCCGUCAAGAAAGGCGUCGGCCUCGUCCACGGCACAGGUGAAGCGAUCCGCGGCAACUUCAACGCCGCCGUCGACCAAGCGGGCGGCGACCGCGCAGGCGUCGAGAAAAACACCGCCAUCGCCUCCAAAGGCGCUGACGAAAUCGACCACGGGUACCACCGCAAUCACAGUGCAGGUGUAGGGUCAGGUGUCGCAGCAGCUGCCGAGCGCGAGCGCCUGAACACUACACACACGGCGUCGACGAACUACGGGUCGCACAGCACGAAUACAGGGAAUAAGCUGGAUCCGCGGUUCGACUCGGACGGCGACCACCGCGGGACCGCGGACAGUAGGCUUGGGUAGAUGGGGUGCUCUGGUGUAUAUCCCCGAUGUAUAUAAUGCCUUAAUACAGCGCUACGACGCGUUCCUGCACGCGCUGCUACUACACUUUCCUACUGCGCUUUGCUACUACGCCGCGCCGGCUUCCUGAUGCACUGGAUACGCUGGCGUACAGACUGCGGCGUGCAGAUGCAGUAGACACGCGACUCCCCGUCCCUGCUGCUGUGCUUUGGGGGGACGUGGGG